AUGGCUUUUCAUUCUGUAUUUCUUAUUUUCUUAGCUGGCCUGGCAUUUUUCUCUGAAGCUGCACCACUGGUAAGUGACUCUGCUGACUCCAAGCAUCCUCUUUUUAUAAAAAUUCUGGAUUCAGUCCGAGGAAGUCCAGCUCCAAAUGUUCCAGCUAAAUUAUAUAAAGAAGCUGCAGAUGGAACUUGGGAACUGUUAAAUUUAAAACAAACCAAUGACAACGGAGAGCUCCACGAGAUCACAACUAAAGAACAAUUUGCAACAGGGAAAUACAAGAUUGAGCUUGACACAGCCUCUUACUGGAAGAGACUGGGCUUGAAUCCCUUCCAUCAACAUGCUGAUGUGGUGUUCACAGCUAAUGACGCUGGUUAUCGACACUACUCCAUUGCUGUUUUCCUCAGUCCCUUUUCUUACUCAACUACAGCAGUAGUUAGUGAGCCAGUGGAAUAGAAGCUGACAUUAAAUUAAAAUUAAAAUUUCCAGAAAUGAUAAGCAUUUAGUUUCUGCCUCUAUCAACAGCUUUAGAUUUCAUA